AUGUAUACGCCCAUUAGCUACUUCGCUGUUGCCAGUUUGUUAUGCUAUCAAGCUGCUCAUGCACAAAGCUUGCCACAAGUCGACCUGGGAUAUGAAAUCCACCAAGCUAUCGAGCUGAACGAAACGGCGCAAACGUACAAUUUUACCAACAUCCGCUUUGCUCAACCCCCAGUGGGGAAGCUUCGAUUUGCUGCUCCUGUCAAACCCGAGGGCAGGAACACAGAAGUGGUCAAUGGAAGCACUUUAGGAAGAAUUUGCCCACAGGCCGCACCCGCAUGGGGCGGAAUUGCUGCUCAAUUCAUUCCUGAAUAUCUCAAUGGGACAGCGUCAGAAUUCAACUACACCCAAGCUGUUCAGCUACUUCAACUGUACUUGGCAAGCGCGCCACCUAGUCAACCGGAUCCUCGCACCAGCGAGGACUGCCUCUUCUUGGAUGUCGUCGUUCCUAAAAAGAUUUUCGACAAUGCCAAUAACCGACACCGAAGACGAAAUAACGCAGGCGCACCAGUUCUUGUCUGGAUUUAUGGAGGUGGGUAUACAUUGGGUAACAAGAACGCGUAUGGCAGCCCAAAUCAUCUCAUCAAUGCGAGUCAAGCAGAUGGAAGCGAUGGCAUCAUAUAUGUUGCCCUGAACUAUCGUCUUGGAGCGUUGGGUUUUCUUGGUGGCCCUAGUCUGCAAGCAGCUGGAGGUGUCUCGAAUGCAGCGCUUUAUGAUCAACGACUGGCAAUUGAGUGGGUGGCUGAGAACAUUCACUUGUUUGGCGGUGAUCCCAAUCGUAUCACCUUGAUUGGCGAAUCUGCUGGAGGUGGCUCUAUCGAGCAUCAGAUCACAGCCUUCGGCGGGCAACAAGGUGUCUCCUUUCAGCAGGCAAUCCCUCAGUCUCCAGCCUUCGGACCAAUCGCCUCCAAUUUCUUCCAGGAGAAUGCCACUCAGAACUUUCUCGCGCUUUUGAAUGUCUCGACGAUUGAAGAGGCCCAGAAUGCGUCAUCAGCAGCGGUGAUCCGAGCCAAUGCACUACAAGUUGGGGCCGCCCCCUAUGGCACGUUUGUCUACGGACCAACAGUGGAUGGUGUUUUCGUCCCUUCCUUGCCAGGCCAACUUUUUGCUAGGGGCCAGUUUGCGAAAAACGUCACCGUAAUGGUCGGACACAACGCUCACGAGACACCUUCUUUCACCCCUCCAUACAUCUCAAGUGAUGCCGAUAUCAAAACUUGGGCGUUAAGCAACUUCCCGGGAAUAUCCGACACGGUAGCCGACUACCUCGUGGAUGUGCUGUAUCCUGCCGACUACAGUGGCUCACAGACAUACACCAGUCCCUUGGAACGUGCGUUCCGAAUCGUCAGCGACUCGGCUUUUGUCUGCAACACGAACUAUAUCAACAAGGCCUUCAAUAAUCAAACUUGGGCUUAUGAGUUCCAAGUUCCACCGGCUCUGCACGGGCAGGAUGUUGCAUACACCUUCUAUCAAGGCACCGGAACGAAUCUCUCUGCAGGGUUGAUUGCACCUGUUGCCGACGCAUUCCAAGGGUAUAUCACCAAUUUCGCGAAGAACGGGAAUCCGAAUGGACCUGGCUUGCCAUUCUUCCCCAUCCAGGGUUCGAAUGCUACGAUGCAAGGGAUCAAUGCGACAUAUAUCCAGCCUCAGACCGAUGACACGGUAAACGCAAGGUGUGCGUGGUGGCAGCAGGCAUUGUUCUACUGA